UUGCAUAGUGAUGCUGCUCAGAAGCAAUAGAAAGCACUAAGAAAAAGAGAGAGACAGAGACAGAGAAAGAAUGGCACAGAGCUACUUUUACAGGGAAGUUCUGCCAUUUUCAGCCAUGGUAGGAGUAGAGUGCUCCGGCAUGGGAUUAUACACCUUAUUCAAAGCAGCCACUUUGAAAGGUUUGAGCUACUACGUCUUUGUUGCCUAUUCCUACGCAAUAGCUACUUUUGUUCUUCUCCCUUUGCCCUUCAUCUUUCGUCGAACAGCAGGGCUUCCUACAUUCAAGUUGUCUCUCCUCUACAAAAUUUUCCUACUUGGAGUGCUUGGGGUUUUAAGUCAGUUAUGUGGCUACAAAGGUAUAGAGUACAGUUCACCAACUCUUGCUUCCGCCAUCAGCAACCUGUCACCGGCUUUUACCUUCAUACUUGCCGUCAUUUUCAGGAUGGAAAAAGUAGCUUUGAGAAGCUCAAUCACUCAGGCUAAAAUCAUGGGCACCAUAGUAUCAAUAUCAGGUGCAUUGGUGGUAGUUCUCUACAAGGGCCCUACACUCAUAUCAGCUUCAUCUGAAUCACCAUCCCCUUCAGUUCAUUCUCCUCUGGGAUCACAAACGAAUUGGAUCAUAGGUGGCCUUUUAAUUGCUGUUGAGUACCUUCUGAUUUCUAUCUGGUACAUUGUUCAGACGCAGGUUAUGAAAAUAUAUCCAGCAGAGCUAACUGUGGUCUUCUUAUACAACUUGUGUGCCACAAUUAUAUCUGCACCAGUAUGUUUAUUAGCAGAAGCAAACCUAAGUUCAUGGAGACUAAGGCCUGAUAUAACCCUUGUCGCCAUUAUAUACUCUGGAUUCACUGGUUCAUGCUUAAGCGCUGUUGUUCACACAUGGGGCUUGCACUUGAAGGGGCCUGUGUAUAUAUCAAUCUUCAAGCCAUUGUCAAUUGUCAUUGCAGCUGCUAUGGGUGUCAUAUUCCUUGGUGAUGCUCUCUAUCUUGGGAGUGUUGUUGGAGCAACAAUACUAUCACUUGGGUUUUAUGCUGUGAUAUGGGCAAAAGCAAAAGAAGAAGAAUCGAGCGAGGAGUGCUUUGGUACAUUGGGAUCUUCAUUUGCUGGAAAGACCCCUUUGUUGAAAAGCAACAAAGUCAAAGGUAUGCAGGCGAAUGCUAGCUGAAGUCCUUCAUUCUAUUGCUUCUGAUUGUCUUCUAAAAGGAUACUAUUACAAGUGUAAGUACGAGUGUCAAAUCCAACAUAAAAAAAAGACCAGAAAAAGUGGGCUACUUCAUAUACGUAGUGGAGCACAAACCCAUCUGAUUUUGGUUUUUUUUUUUUUUUUUUUUAUUGAAGAGGUAUCUCAAUAAAUAUAUGAGACAAAUGUAAUGUUCGGGUAAUACAGUUCUUGCUAUAAUUC